AUCAUCUACUUGGAUGCUCUUAUAUGGCAUCCAUGUUCAUCAGACAUCAUCUAGAUUCUCUAACCAUGGAGAACAGAGAAGACCUUAAGUCAAUCCUCCCCUACUUGCCGUUGCUUCUCCGAUCAUCAUCGCUCUUCUGGCCACCGCCCGUCGUCGAAGCCCUCAAAGCGCUCUCGCGCGGCCCGCGGCACAGCAACGUUGACACGGGAGAAGUCCUUUUCAUUGCAAUUUCCGACAUUCGCAAUUCCCUCAGCCUUCCGGCGUCCUCUCUAGCCGAAUCCACUUCAGACGGCUACUCAAUCUUCUUCGACGACUUGAUUUCUAGGGCUGAAGCGUCUAAAUGGUUUGAAGAUGUGCUGCCGGGUUUGGCAAAUUUGCUUUUGAGAUUACCUUCGCUGUUGGAGGAUCACUAUCAGAAAGCUGACGGUGGGGUUGUCAGUGGAGUCAGUACUGGGCUUCGUUUACUGGAAUCACAAGACUCUGGAGUUGUGUUUCUAAGUCAGGAGCUGAUUGGUGCUCUCAUUGCUUGUGCCUUCUUUUGUUUGUUUCCAACAAGUUAUAGAGGUGCCAAGCAUCUUCCAUUGAUCAACUUUGAUCGCUUGUUUGCGUAUCUAUAUGAUGUUUAUGAUGAGAAGCUUGAACAUAAAUUGAAGUGUCUUGUUCAUUAUUUUGGGAGGAUAUGCUCAUCAUCACUGAUGAACAAUGUGUCUUUUGAGAGAAAAGUUCUUCGUACAGAAUAUGAUUGUACGUUUUGGAGUGAAUCUACUGUCUCAUUAUGCCCAUUUGAGGUUUUCAAAUCUGGCUUGAUAGAAGAUAAUUCCAGGGAGGCUAUUGAAGUGGAUUUUGCAAACAAGUAUAUAGGAGGUGGUGCUCUCAGUAGAGGUUGUGUCCAGGAAGAAAUUCGCUUCAUGAUCAAUCCAGAACUAAUUGCUGCUUUGCUUUUCUUGCCCGCAAUGGCAGACAAUGAGGCUAUAGAAAUUAUUGGUACUGAAAGAUUUUCAAAUUAUACAGGAUAUGCUUCUUCAUUUCGGUUUUGUGGCAAUUAUGUGGAUACAAAGGGAAUUGAUAAUCUUGGAAGGCGUAAGACCAGGAUUGUUGCCAUAGAUGCAUUGUGUAGUCCUGGAAAGAGUCAAUGCACUCCUGAAUGUCUUCUCCGGGAGAUUAACAAGGCAUUCUGUGGAUUUUCUGAUCAAGUCAAUCACCAUCAUCAACAAUUCUUUCAAGAUGGUUCAUUCCUUGAAUAUCAGAAUGACGGUGGUGAUAAAGAAUUGAGUGUAAGGUCAAUAGAUAACUUCUCGCCUCUUGGACACCCUUCAUCUUCACUUCAAGCAAGGGAAGGGAGUUCUGGCAGCAUGCUGAAAAGAAAUCACAUGGGUGGAAAUGUUCAGCUCUCAGAAACUCAAAGAGAAAGUGGAAUUGGUAUUGCAACUGGCAAUUGGGGUUGUGGUGCAUUUGGUGGAGACCCUGAAUUGAAAGCAAUGAUACAGUGGAUUGCUGCUUCUCAGGCUUUGAGACCUUUUAUCUCAUAUUACACGUUUGAUUUAGAAGCACUGCAGUUGCUAAAUCAGGUGGUGCAAUGGAUCAUAAACCACAAGUGGACUGUGGGGGAUCUAUGGGAUAUGGUAGUUGACCACUCGUUGCAGAAAGUAAGGGGAGAAACCCGUCUCGGCUUCUUCAGUUGGCUCCUUCCUUCAAUGUGCUCGUCAGAGGACACCACAAUGUUGGAUCCCCCUAGUCCGUGAUCUCCCUUUGACCAUACUGAAGCAGCAGCAGCACGCUCCGGCGAAAACCCACCGGAAUAUUCCACUCGGUGCGACAUUUGUUGCCUCCGGCGGCCGACUUCCGGGUGAUCAUCGCCAACAAUAUCCUCCCCAUCACUAUAAUAAUUACUGUAGUAAUGGGUGUUGAUCGUUUGAUUAUUUGGAAGGAAGCGUUGCUGUAUGUUGUUGAUGGUGUCUGCCGCCGCCGCCGCCCCGGAGGAGAGACACUCGUACCGGCGGCGAGUUAUGCCUCUCUUGAUACUCCGGUAAACAUAUGGAAUAAGACCCUCCAUUCUAGAGAAAGAGAAACAGAAGCCCCUAUAUAUAUUUCCUAAGAAAACUCUAGCGUAUUACAGUGCAUUAUGAGUUGGUGAAGUCACGUUUGUAAUUCCUUUUGGACCGUGCUAGGGUAACCCAAUAGGGUGAUCCUGACCCCACCCAAAAGGGUGAUCCUGACCCAUGCUUCACACAGACCACACAGAUUUUUAUUGUUUGUGUCACACAGACAAUAAAAAUAUGUGGUCUGUGCAAAAUAAUGUUAAGGGUAUUUU